GGGUCUCAGACGUGCGCUCUGCUUCGGGGACAGGGCUGGGGACGGGGACGCCGUGCGCUCUGCCUCGGCGGUAGGGUCUGUGCGCUCUGCGCCGGGGCCGGGGCUAGGAGCGGAAGAGGGAACGGAACCUUCUCCGGCAGCUUUAGCCUCUUGCCCUGGGCUUUGCUGGGGGCAGCGCCCUGGCUCCCCUUCCUUCGGCAGGGCACCCCGCGUGACCGAGGUUUGGAGCGGCUCGGGGCUGGUCUUGUCUCUGAUGCGCCCUCUCUGCUCCCUUCCCACGCAGGGUCAGCUCGGGCAGCUGUGCCAGAGCCGGGGCGGCUCCUUGGCUGGACUGUGGGGCUCCUGGCCGUGCCCGAAGCCCUUCACCUCCUACCUUCAAGCUCAGGGAGGAGGCAGAUUUUCCUCAGCUUGGCUCCGCUGCCCCCCAGAGAUGGUGGGCCACCUGCACCUGCAAGGAAUGGAAGAGAGUCUGAAAGAGAAGAGCCGGGAGGGCCUGCUGGACAGUCCGGAUUCCGGGCUGCCUCCCAGCCCUAGCCCCCCUUUCUACACCCUGGCUCCCGGGAUCAUCGGGGGCAGCAGCACGGGGCCGGAUCACCCAGGACAUGGGCCCAGAAAGGAAGCCAAGGAAGGCAAAGUGAUCCCUUACCUUCUUGUGAACUCUUCUGUGCCAGAGACGAGGCCUCGAAUGUUCCCGGUGUUCUUUGGCGAAAGCAUUGAGGUCAACCCUGAACCUGUGCAGGAAAUUAGGUGCAACUCGGAGGUGAAAUAUGACUCAGAGAAACACUACAGGGACGACAUCUUCUACGGACCCAUCCCCACCAUAACCGCCUACAGCGAGACGGUCAUCGCCACACCAAACUGCACCUGGAGGAACUACAAGUCGCAGCUGAUCUUCGAGCCCCGACAGAAGCCCCUGCGGUUCCAGAGCACAACCAUCAUCUUCCCCAAACGCACCAAGAACAUUUACCGAACCACCCUCACCUACAGCCUGGGCGGUGCCAAGCGCUGGUUCGCGUCCAGCGUGCAGCUGGAGCUAUGCGAAGAAACCAGCCCCUGCGGCAUCUACAGCGAGACCCUUUCAUCCGCCCGGGGGGGGCUCUGACGACCACAAGGCCGCGUCCUUCGCUGGCCUCUCCGGACAGACAGAUUUGACCAGGUGCCUUCAUUGAUGGCGACGGGCCCUUGACUACUAGCGGCUGGGCGUGCAUGGUCUUAGACGCAUCUGAACUGCUCCAAGAGGAGGCCUAGAGGGGAUGUACUCUUUAUGGAUUUGGUCAGCGCAAGGCUGGCGUUUGUUGUGGGACAUUUUUGAUGUUCAUGCUCUGGAUUUUUUUUUUUUUUGACACAUAUCUAUUUUAAAUAGCAUUUCAGUGAAAUCAGAUAGCAAAGGCCCUAGGUUUGCAGUUACCAUAUGUUAUAGUGCUGCUUCCCAGCUCCAUGGGUCUUCUCUAGCAUGUAGGUGCGACUUAGCAGUGCCUUGGAAGCCAAUCCUAUCUGAUAGGAGAAGACCAGCUGCAGACUCACCAUCCAACCUGUACAGCUGCUAUCCGCCUGCUUCUCCUAGUGUUUAAACACAGAGAAGACAGUUGUUAUUUUUAAUUGCAUAAAACAUUGAUCCCACUCCGAAUCCCCAU